AAAUGUCAAAUUUCUUCUUAACGUAAAAUUCACUGAAGCUUCUUCAAUGGCGAUUUCUCUCUCCACCUCAUAUACCUAUCCACGUUUUUCGCCGGAAUCGCCUAAUUCCGUUUCCCCAUCACUAACGCUAUCUUCUCUUUCCUCCGUACGCUUGCCGGCUCAAAUUCGCCGAUUCGGAAUCCGCCACGAGAGUGUUCAAUCGCCGUCGUCGUCGACUAAUCGCUUCGCUCCACUCACGGUUAGAGCAAAGAAGCAAACUUUCAACUCUUUUGAUGAUCUAUUGCAGAAUUCUGAUAAACCAUUACUAGUAGACUUCUAUGCCACUUGGUGUGGUCCAUGCCAGCUUAUGGUACCUAUACUCAAUGAAGUGAGUGAAACUCUGAAAGAUAAGAUUGCAGUUGUGAAAAUCGAUACUGAGAAGUACCCAAGUCUUGCUAACAAAUACCAGAUUGAGGCUUUACCCACAUUCAUCUUAUUCAAAGACGGCAAACUCUGGGAUCGUUUCGAAGGUGCCUUACCAGCGAACCAACUCGUUGAACGUAUUGAGAAUUCUUUGCAAGUGAAACAAUAGGUUUGAGAAACCAAGAAAACUUGUCAUCUAUGAACAAUCUGUUGUAACAAAAGCCAUUGUUGGUUGCUUGCUCAGUAUAUCAUCUACCUAUUCAUAUAUGGCAUAUGUGAUUUUUCUUAUUUGAGUGAUAAAUUCCUCUUGAAAUGUGGAUAACUUUUCCGCCUCAACUCUGUUCAGUUUGUUAAAAGUUGUCCGUAGAGAGGAUGCUCAAUAUAUUCA